AUGAUGAUGAUGAUCGGAAAGCGGAGUUCUGCCAUCUUUGAAGCUGAUGGCGAUAACGAUGGCAUAACCUCUGCCGCCAGCUCAUUUGAGGCCCAAUCUCAAAGCCUUCACCUGCCGCGGACCAACACUUAUCUCCAGCGGGACAUGCCAGUUGAUGGCGGCCACGACGACGAUGACGAUAACGAAGGCUCCGCGACCACAGAGCUGGCAGCCAUCAUGACGACGACAUCAACGCCGGUCAGCCCAGGACCGUCGAGCCCGCCCUUGGAUCAGGCAAAACAACCACAAGAUUUUGUACCACCCACCAGACCCAGCAGUACACCUUUUCCAAAUGCGCAGCAAGGGCAGACCGAUAUCCGAUGCCUGCAUUGCCAGACGGACUGCCAAGAUUGCUUUGAAGAUGCCAUGGAUGAGAGUCCUAUCGCGGCCCUGGCAGCCGAUCAGCAGCCACUCCAGUCGCUCUAUGCACUGCCCGCCGAGAUCCAUGAGUGCAUUCUCGACCAUUUGUUUGGCUACCGCGUGUCCACCACUUCCCCGAGCUCGUUAAGCAUCCCGAGUGUCAAUGCCAGAAGCUGGAGCACUGCUUUGCGGCAUUCCAGGAGAAAGGAGUUAUCCAACUUGGCACUCGUCACACCCCUCUGGAGAUACUUGGUUCAGGCGAGACUCUUCCGGCACAUCAAGGUCAAAGCGACUAUCUAUGGCUGUAACGAGGUUGUUCAGUUCUUUGCCGAUAACACGCAUCUAAGAGACUACGUUAAGCACAUCGAGAUAUGGUUCCCCGUCUUCCAGCCAAAAUUCAACACGGCUUUCCCGACCAACUCUGUGCUGACGUUGCCUACCGUCUCCCCUGAAGGCAUCUCGAGUGCCCAGUAUGGCCUCCCCACCGACAACGCAAGCCUGGAAGAGGUCUUCUUCCUCGUAGGCAGUACGUUUCCUGCGGUGCAAGUCAUGACACUAGAAGGAGGGGAGCGGAAAAAGGCACCGCGCGUCAAAUUCACAUUGCCUACUCCACCUUGGCGCCCAAGAGCACUUCCAGCAAUCAAGACUAUUCGCACCUUGAUCAUCAAGAGUCAGUGGAAUAUCAUCAGAGCACCAAAGGACUGGGAGCAACUCUCCAAUGCCCUCCCGAACCUCGAGGAGUGGCACGGCACUUACGCCAAGCCCAAGUCCAAGAGUUAUCUGAGCAUGGCUGGGACACUUGAAAUUUUGGAUCGCAAGAUCACCAAGCUCAACCUGAGCCUCGAGACGGACUAUCGCCGCGAGAUGACAUGUCCUCCAUACUACCUCAAAGUAUGCGAGCAACUACACUGGUGCGAAAAGAUGGCAAGGGCGGCAAGUCAUUUGGAACACUUAUCAUACACGGGUCGUGUAUGCCAUACCUUCUUCGAUAUGCUCACCCGGUAUUCCAAUUCACGUACCUCUCGUCUCAAGACGAUUGAUAUCACGGUCAAGAACUGUUGUCGCCAAAACGCGCAAUGGAACGAGUCCGGAUCCGGCAUUACCGACAUGCAUUUCAUUAACGCUUUCGAGCAGCUUGUCCUAGGCGGCAUCCGGUGCUUGGAACGCCUAAAGCAGGUGGAUCUUUUGCGGAUCAGAUAUGUUGAUCUAGAUUCACCGGUUCCUCCUUUGAACCCCUAUUUUGUCAUCAAGGAUGGCUGGUGCUCAGGUGUUUGGAGUGACGAGAUUGUGGCCGAGCUGAGUCGUGUUAGGCCCGAUGUGCGCUUUGAGUCAAUGGCCGAGAGCUUCGGCGAGGUUGGCUACAACAAGGAGAACCGUUUGGUCAUCAGUCCCGAUUUCCCGAAGUCACGGGUGUUAUCGCUUAAGUUGGCGAAUUAUGCCUUACUUUCUGGAGGCAUCAGCAUAGUGUAG